AUGGCCCAUCAAUGCACCAACACACUGCCCUGGCAGGGCUCCGCCUUUCGAAUUGCAGGGGUCCGUGGCUUCUCUUCGUUGCAGGUGAAGGUUGAUGACUUUUGCUUCCACGUUGACAAGAACCUUCCCAAGGAUGGUAAGCAGGUCGUGUUUGCAACAGCUUGGUUGGCCACUGACAACGUCUUUGUGGCCCUGAUGCGAAAGCAUUUCCCAGAGGUGUUGGACGGUAUGAACUUGGUAGCCAUUGAUACCAUGCAUCUCUUCCCAACUACUCUGGAAUGUGCCAAGCUAGUUGAGGCAAAGUAUGGAAAGAAGGCACUGUGGAAGAUGCCGGCUGGCGUGACCACGCUCGAUGAGUUCAUCGCCAAGUACGGCGACUGCGAGGAGAUGGACUCUGCGGACUUCGAUUUCGUGAGCAAGGUGGAGCCGUUCCAGCGUGCCCUGACGGAGUGCAACAAGGACAUUUUGAUCACCGGGCGUCGUAUGGAUCAGGCCGCGCAACGAAUCUCCCUGGACGUAUGCUGAUUUGCCUAAGUUUCUUCCAGAAACUCCGUGAGUGGCGCUUGGGCGAAACCGGCAGCGACGGACUGGAAAUCCAGGCACCCAAGGCUCCCAAGGUGUCAACCGGAGCGGAAGCUGCUAGAGUCGUUGCCAGGGAGGAGACAUGCAUUGUUUGCUGUUGCGCAGCGCAACGCUGAGCGUGAUGACUGCCGUGAACUGCGGACUGCCGAUGUCCGAUGUUCAUGCGUACUGCUGGAGUGGUGGGACCAAGCUGCUACAUCAAGACCUUCGGGUGGAAUGCCCCAGUAACAAAAUGGUUUCCAUCACCAACCUGGACAAUCUAGACAGCAACGGCAUCACGAUCAUCCGCGAAAAGAUGCAGACAUUGUCAACGUCUAGUCUAGGCAGUGGAUAUCGAGGGUUUGUGGCUCGAUGUUUCACCAUGGCCAG